AUGUCAAGGAUACUGCAGCAGUCUCCCUCAAACUCAGGAUAUACCCUGGCAAGCCAGUUGUCCCGCAUUGCCGACUUCUAUGGUUUUGACGGCUGGUUGAUUAACGUUGAGAAGACAUUUCCUAUCGCUGAUUGGAACUUCUCCAAGCUCGAGGGCUUUCUGAAGCAACUCAGUGCAUCAUCUGAUCCUGGCUGCGUCAUCUGGUAUGAUUCUCUCACGGUCAAGAACAGAAUAGAAUACCAAAAUGCUUUGACUGAGCAGAAUAUCAUUCUUGCAAAAGCCGCUGGCUCUGUGCUCACUAACUACGUUUGGACAGAAGACACGGCUACUAAAUCCAGGAUUGCUGCGUUACGACAUGAUAUUGAUCCCGCCAACGUUCUCUGUGGCAUUGAUGUAUGGGCGCAAGGCUCGGAAUGUUCACGCAGAAAGACGUAUCCUAAGGACAUAGGUGGUGGAACAGGCACAGGUCUUGGUGUCUCGAAACUUGCUGAAGUUGGGCUUGGUGCUGGUAUCUUUGCCCCGGCGUGGCCAUACGAGCACUUUGCUUCCUUGUCGGACUCUCAGGAUGUGGAUAGAUCCAUGUGGACAGGUUCUGCUCUGCCAAAAUCUCUGGACUGUGAAUGCGCGUCGAAAAGACGCCAUUUCGUCGAAGGAUACAGAGCCCAUCCCAUACUCGAGAGGGCCCGGGAACAUCCAGCUGGUUCGAAAACAUUCUUCUAUACUGAUUUCACACAAGCAUUCACGAUUCAGAGCGGCCACGAGUUGAGGGGCUCAAUUAACGGGCUCCGUGCGAGCCUCGCGUCUCAGUCCAUAACACCUCGAUGUAUUUCACGCGCCCGCGAUCGGGAUGACAUAUUUGGUCGAUUGGAGUCAUGCCCGAGCAGAUUGUCUCUGUAUGCGCGCACGCCACAAGCAGAAUACACCAAACCCAGGGAAUUGAGCCUUUUUCGUCUUAGUAUACUGGUCUCAGAACGUCUUCUCGUGUCAAUCACCUAUCAAAAGUUUGCGGCAGCCGAUCUAUGGCUUCGUCUUGAUGGGCUAGACAUACGGAUACCUAUCGUGGGCCGAUCACAUGAGCAGAAUACAGUUAUCGAACAAAUACAGGCAGACGGAUCUGGCAGAACGCAUCUCACGGGAUUGUCUCUUUUAUUUUAUGACAAUGUCAAAGUUGCUGUCGGUGAUACCCUGCUCCUGGCAGACAUCAUGCAAAUAUGUGUGAGGCAGGAAUAUCACGCCGCCAGAAGCUACACACUGUCCGAGGUGGUACUGCAGGAAAUUGACGAGGUUACAUCAUGCUUGUCGUGGAAGUUUGACGACGGAGAAGAAGUGCAUGAUGUAAGUCACGCAAGCCGCGAUGGUGAUGGGCUUCCACACAGCAACAUGACAGGACCUUUUAGCUUUUUCAUCAUUGACGUAAAUGGUGCAGAAGUAGGGAGAGCAUAUGCGCUGGAUUUUUUGCUUCAAGAUCUCGAUGACGAAUCGAAAAUUCAGAUCAAAGGGGUUGGAUUUGAUGGUAAGGUGAUAUGUGCGUACAGUGGCAGGUUGCGGAAGCGGCGUCGGCAGGGGUCUAUGGAGAGCUGGCAUGGAGCAUAG